CCAGCCGCCUCGACAGCGCUAGCCGGGCCGCGCGGCGCCCCGAGGGGGCCGGGCUGUGCGCGGGCUGCGGCCCUGCUCCGCACCGCGAGCCGCCGCCCCUCCGCCAGCCCCGAGGCGCCCCGCGGGCACCAUGCAGGCGCAGCAGCUGCCCUACGAGUUUUUCAGCGAGGAGAACGCGCCCAAGUGGCGGGGGCUGCUGGUGCCUGCGUUGAAAAAGGUUCAGGGACAAGUUCAUCCUACCCUCGAGUCUAAUGAUGAUGCUCUUCAGUAUGUUGAAGAAUUAAUUUUGCAAUUAUUAAACAUGCUGUGCCAAGCUCAGCCCCGGAGUGCUUCAGAUGUGGAGGAACGUGUUCAAAAAAGUUUCCCUCAUCCAAUUGAUAAAUGGGCAAUAGCUGAUGCCCAAUCAGCUAUUGAAAAGAAGAAGAGAAGAAACCCUUUAUCUCUGCCAGCAGAAAGAAUUCAUCAUUUGUUAAGGGAGGUCUUGGGUUAUAAAAUUGACCACCAGGUUUCUGUUUACAUAGUAGCAGUAUUAGAAUAUAUUUCUGCAGAUAUUUUAAAAUUGGUGGGGAAUUAUGUAAGAAAUAUACGACAUUAUGAAAUCACAAAACAAGACAUUAAAGUGGCAAUGUGUGCUGAUAAGGUAUUGAUGGAUAUGUUUCAUCAAGAUGUAGAAGACAUAAAUAUUUUAUCUUUAACUGAUGAAGAGCCUUCCACCUCAGGAGAACAAACUUAUUAUGAUUUGGUAAAAGCAUUCAUGGCAGAAAUUCGACAAUAUAUAAGAGAAUUAAAUCUAAUUAUAAAAGUUUUUCGAGAACCCUUUGUCUCUAAUUCUAAAUUGUUUUCAUCUUAUGAUGUAGAAAACAUAUUUAGUCGUAUAGUAGAUAUACAUGAACUUAGUGUAAAGUUACUGGGCCAUAUAGAAGACACUGUAGAGAUGACAGAUGAAGGCAGUCCCCACCCAUUAGUAGGAAGCUGUUUUGAAGACUUAGCAGAGGAACUAGCAUUUGAUCCAUAUGAAUCAUACGCUCGGGAUAUUUUACGACCUGGAUUCCAUGACCGUUUCCUUAGUCAGUUAUCAAAGCCUGGGGCAGCACUUUAUUUGCAGUCAAUAGGCGAGGGCUUCAAAGAAGCAGUCCAGUAUGUCCUGCCCCGGCUGCUGCUCGCUCCCGUGUACCACUGUCUGCAUUACUUUGAGCUUCUGAAGCAGUUAGAAGAAAAGAGUGAAGAUCAAGACGACAAAGAAUGUGUGAAACAAGCUAUAACAGCCCUGCUUAAUGUCCAAAGUGGCAUGGAAAAAAUAUGUUCCAAAAGUCUUGCGAAACGAAGAUUAAGUGAGUCUGCGUGUCGAUUUUAUAGCCAGCAAAUGAAGGGGAAACAACUAGCAAUCAAGAAAAUGAACGAGAUUCAGAAGAAUAUUGAUGGCUGGGAGGGGAAAGACAUUGGACAGUGUUGCAAUGAGUUCAUAAUGGAAGGAACUCUUACACGUGUAGGAGCCAAACACGAGAGACACAUAUUUCUCUUCGAUGGCUUAAUGAUUUGCUGUAAAUCAAAUCACGGGCAGCCAAGACUUCCUGGUGCUAGCAAUGCAGAGUAUCGUCUUAAAGAAAAGUUCUUUAUGCGAAAGGUACAAAUUAAUGAUAAAGAUGACACCAGUGAAUACAAGCAUGCUUUUGAGAUAAUUCUGAAAGAUGGAAAUAGUGUUAUAUUUUCUGCCAAGUCAGCCGAGGAGAAGAACAACUGGAUGGCAGCACUGAUAUCUCUGCAGUACAGAAGCACCCUGGAGCGGAUGCUCGACGUGACAGUGCUGCAGGAGGAGAAGGAGGAGCAGAUGAGGCUGCCGGGUGCGGACGUGUACAGGUUCGCAGAGCCGGACUCCGAGGAGAACAUUCUCUUCGAAGAGAGCGUGCAGCCCAAGGCUGGGAUUCCAAUUAUUAAAGCAGGGACAGUGAUUAAGCUGAUCGAGAGGCUUACAUACCACAUGUAUGCAGAUCCCAAUUUUGUUCGGACAUUUCUUACAACAUACAGAUCCUUCUGCAAACCUCAAGAACUACUGAGUCUUAUAAUAGAAAGAUUUGAAAUUCCAGAGCCUGAGCCAACAGAAGCUGAUCGCAUAGCUAUAGAAAAUGGAGAUCAGCCCCUGAGUGCAGAGCUGAAAAGGUUCAGGAAGGAAUAUAUUCAGCCUGUACAGUUGCGAGUGUUAAAUGUGUGUCGGCACUGGGUGGAGCACCACUUUUAUGACUUUGAAAGAGAUGCAGACCUUUUACGAAGAAUGGAGGAAUUUAUUGGAACAGUGAGAGGUAAAGCAAUGAAAAAAUGGGUCGAAUCCAUCACUAAGAUAAUCCAAAGGAAAAAAAUUGCGAGAGACAAUGGCCCAGGUCCUAACAUUACAUUUCAGAGCUCGCCUCCCACAGUUGAGUGGCACAUAAGCAGACCUGGGCACAUAGAGACUUUUGACUUGCUCACCUUACACCCAAUAGAAAUUGCUCGACAACUCACUUUACUUGAAUCAGAUCUAUACCGAGCUGUGCAGCCGUCGGAAUUAGUUGGAAGUGUGUGGACGAAAGAAGAUAAAGAAAUCAAUUCUCCCAACCUCCUGAAAAUGAUACGGCACACUACUAACCUCACUCUGUGGUUUGAAAAAUGCAUUGUAGAAACAGAAAACUUAGAAGAAAGAGUAGCUGUGGUGAGUCGAAUAAUUGAGAUUCUACAAGUCUUUCAAGAGCUGAACAACUUCAAUGGUGUUCUUGAAGUUGUCAGUGCUAUGAACUCAUCCCCUGUUUACAGGCUAGACCAUACAUUUGAGCAAAUACCAAGUAGACAAAAGAAAAUUUUAGAAGAAGCUCAUGAGUUGAGUGAAGAUCACUAUAAGAAAUAUUUGGCAAAACUCAGGUCUAUUAAUCCACCAUGUGUGCCUUUCUUUGGAAUUUAUCUCACUAAUAUCUUGAAAACAGAAGAAGGCAACCCUGAAGUCCUGAAGAGACAUGGGAAAGAGCUCAUCAACUUCAGCAAGAGGAGGAAAGUGGCAGAGAUAACAGGGGAGAUCCAGCAGUACCAAAACCAGCCUUACUGUUUACGGGUUGAGUCAGAUAUCAAAAGAUUCUUUGAAAACUUGAAUCCAAUGGGAAACAGCAUGGAGAAAGAAUUCACAGACUAUCUUUUCAACAAAUCCCUAGAAAUAGAACCACGGAACCCUAAGCCUCUCCCGAGAUUUCCAAAAAAAUACAGCUAUCCCCUAAAAUCCCCUGGUGUUCGUCCAUCAAAUCCAAGACCAGGAACCAUGCGACAUCCCACACCUCUGCAGCAGGAGCCAAGAAAAAUUAGUUACAGUAGGAUCCCUGAAAGUGAGACUGAAAGUACAGCUUCUGCACCAAAUUCUCCAAGAACGCCACUCACACCUCCUCCUGCCUCCGGUGCUUCCAGUACCACAGAUGUCUGCAGCGUGUUUGAUUCUGACCAUUCAGCAAGCCCUUUUCACUCAAGCGGCGAUACCGUCUUUACCCAGGUUACACUGGCCCAUGGCCCAAGAUCUGCUUCAGUCUCAUCUAUAAGUUUAGCCAAAGGCACUGAUGAAAUAAUGCCUGUGCCCCCUCCUGUUCCCCCUCGAAGACGGCCAGAAUCUGCCCCAGCGGAAUCCUCCCCAUCUAAGAUUAUGUCUAAGCACUUGGACAGCCCCCCAGCUAUUCCUCCUAGGCAACCCACAUCAAAAGCUUAUUCACCGAGAUAUUCACUAUCAGAUCGAACCUCUGUGUCAGAGCCUCCUGAGAGCCCUCCCUUGUUACCACCGCGAGAACCUGUGAGGACACCUGAUGUUUUCUCAAGCUCACCAUUACAUCUCCAACCUCCCCCUUUGGGCAAAAAGAGUGAUCAUGGCAAUGCCUUCUUUCCAAAUAGCCCUUCCCCCUUUACACCACCACCACCUCAAACCCCUUCUCCUCACGGCACGAGAAGGCAUCUGCCAUCACCACCGCUGGCACAGGAAGUGGACCUCCAUCCCAUUGCUGGGCCUCCUGUCCCUCCACGACAAAGCACUUCUCAACUUAUCCCCAAACUUCCUCCAAAAACUUAUAAGAGGGAGCACACACACCCAUCUAUGCACAGAGAUGGACCACCACUAUUGGAGAAUGCCCAUUCUUCCUGACUUCCUCUGUACUGGGGUGGACAGCUUCCUAGCCCCAAAUCCAUUGCUGGCAAUGGAUGCACUGAACAUGCCAGCACUGAGGAGUUCAAAUGAGAACUCCAAACACUAAUGACUCUACUUCAAGAUGUAGUAUAAGACAAUGAAUUUUAACCUACACGUAAUUACAAAAUAAGAUGGUAUUCCAGCUAGAAUGUGGAGACUGAUCUAGAGGAAAUGGACAACUGAUUGCACCUGGAAAUCACGUGAAGGGACUUUUCUGGCCAAUAGGCAAGAGUCCUCAUUUUGUGAAGUAAUCUUUAUCAUUAAAGGGAUGGAAAACAGUCUAAUGUCCAACAGGCCCAUAUGUUGACAGUUUUUGUAAUUCAAAAUAUUAUGCACUUUUAAAAAAUCUUAAACAGGGAUCUUCUCCUCCUUUGUUUCCUUUGCUUUACUCUUCUACUUUAGAAUAUUUUCGUAAAAAUUCUUCAGAGGACUGUGAGAAAAGGCUGUGGUACCUGGCCUUGUUGAAAUCAAGGCCCAGCACUGUACUGCAGUCCUGUUUACAGAUUAUUACAGUGAAUUGAAUGGGUACCGAGGCUUCACCAAAGAGGUACUUUUUGUUAUUGUUAUUGUUUUAAGAAUAAUUAUACCAAUUUUAAGAACAUUCCCCACCUACCCCCACUCACAAACAAAAUGUGGUGGUGUUGCCUUCAAACAAGAAAUUUCGUGUCAUUAACGGAAGAAGAACUUUUUAAAAAUGUAACUGUCAAGCACCCUAUUUACACUUAGGAGACUGUUAAUCUAUGCUAGACUGUCACCCCUCCCCUGCCCCACAGGAGUUUACUGGUAACAUAUGUCCUGGCUCGUGGCUGUCCCUCUAAGCAUACUACAGAAAUGCAGGCACCCAAUGUGAAAAGGAGCACUCUGGGCCUCACUGACACCAUUCAUGUUUUACUAAUAGUUGAGUAAGUCAGCAUACUUAGAAUUACCUUGCAUUGCCUAAAUCAUGUGUAUAUAGUGAAUGUUAUAUAAUAUACCUGACAGGUCUGUUUUUAUUUAAUUGAAUAAAGAUAAACUACUUUGUUUGGCUGGCAUAUAUUAAAUUAUUAUAUGGAUAAAAUGGUUGAUUCUUAUUUCUUUCAGUUGAAAACUAUACAAACACUAAGCAUAAAAGCACAUGUGGUACGUCUGGGUGUCUAGUUCUUACAGAGUACUCUGAAGUCGGAGUUUGGCAUAUAGGGAAAUACUGGCUUAUAAUGGAAUGGGCAUCUUUUAAACAGAACCUUGCAGGUUUUUUAAUUUCUUGAGCAACCAUACAUGUUGGUUAACUUUUAUAUUCUACUUUGCUUAAGGUCUUUGGUUCUCUCAAAGCUACUCCUUAGAGACUAUCUACCUGUCCAUAAUAUUAUGUGAUUAUUCAUGAAGCCUUGUACUGCUCUUCUGAGUCUAACAGAUACUGUGACUGAGAUGCAUGCAACUUGAAUAGGAGCAGUUUCAUUAGUCUCCACUGUGUCUGUGAACUGUGUACUGCUCCAUUCCCAGACAGUCGCCAGUUCAUCAGUGUGUGCAUGUAUCCUCAUAACAAGCAGCAUUUCAGUAAUCCUGUUAACUGAGCUGCAGCACGGUGGAAGUGUAGUACAUUAAUAAUUUCUGAUAUUUAUUAGAGCAUUAAAUGUACAUCCUAAUAGUACAGAGUAUAGUCUUCUAAGAUCAGAAAGGACAUUAAUUACAUCAUCAUCAAGCAGUCCAUCCUAUCAUGUCCUUGUUUAUUUGUUAAGAGUUGAAUCUUUUUCACUUACUGUCUGUACUAUUCCUAUUAUGGUAGCCAUUUCUCUUUGCAAAAUAUCUCCUCUUUUAAAAGUGUCCUCGAAAGUUAAUUUUGAAUCCCAUCUUGGAUGCAAAGUGUUCAUAAGACCAUUCAUUCAACAAAAGUCACUAGCUAGGCCUACUUACUAAUGUGUUCCAUACAAUUAUGAUGACACCCCAAAUUCCCAUGGCUUACUGAUCACUUUUUGAUCAUCCCAUCCCUACUUCAAAUGAGAACCUAAGAAAGGCAACAUUAGAAUAUUCAGUAUCUCUCUGGCCAAGUGUUGCCUUCAGCAGGGUGAUAACCCCUUUGGUUCUGCUUGAGCCAACAAGGGAGGGAAUGCCUAGAUUUGGAGUUAAUUUCUCCCAAAGGGGACAAUUCUCCACCCGACUGUUCAGUACACGGCUUCACCAUCCAGCCAUUUGUAUGCAUCACCAAAGGAGGGUAUUUUUAUUCUUAAAUAUGACAUUUGGGCAAAAAUAUUUUCUGUAGUAACUGAUUUUUAAAGUUCUAAUUGGAUGCCCUGGGGUGAAAGUGAGAAAGCUGUGUCCUUGAGUUAAACAUUAUCUGGCUAACAAACUUACCCUUAGUCAUAAUUAAAAUGUACUUCUUCAGGGACAAGAAGUGGCAGAAGACAAAUGCACCAUCACAGAACUGCAUCUAAACCCAGGACAUUAUGAGGCAGUCAGUGCAGCGAAACUUGCCUAACUACAUCCCCAAAUAUGGGACAUUUCUUCCAAGAAAUGAAGUAUCAGCAAAUGUUUUCUUAUCCUUGGACCACGCAGUAAAGUCUUGAUGGGCUCAUAACCAGUAACAGAAAUGCUUUUCACAGCUAAGCACUUGGAAAACAGGAAUAGACAAGUGUAUGUUUCUAAAUUUAUUAAAAGAUGGGCUGUUUACUCUUUCUAGUCUUUCAAAUGUGAAGAUGAAAAUGACAAAUAUUCAAAGUCUACCUAAUUAAAACUUGCUUAAAUAAAGGCUGUUGGGCAUCAAAUGGUGAGUUUAGUGGGUUACUAUCCUCUAACUCAAGAAUGUUUUAGUGGAUCUGAGUUGAGCCAAGAGUAUGCAAUAUAAACAUCAGCAGGACAUUCUACUAAAGUACUAUUUAAGUUGGAGGCUGUACUGAUUCCAAAUUCUUCCUUAAUGCAAACCCAAAGUGGUAUUUAUCAUAAUGAUCAUGUAAUUAAGUUUUGCUUACAUGUCAUUUCAUUAUCUUAAUAUAAUGGCCUGAAUUAGGGGUAUAUAGUGGCUCAGGAAGAUAAGUGGGGAUGCUGUCCCAGCUAGAGAACACACAGAAGAGAACCUUUCUUAUCCUCUUCAGAUUCAAAACCAAGGCAACCAUGUAUGUCUUGGUAUUCUGCUGCUGGGUAGGUGUGCAUGCUCUUUCCAUCUCUACUGUGUGACUGUGCCGUGCAGGUUCUGUGUACCGCACGUUAAUUUUUACACAUCACAAGGUGACUGUCAGUUUGGCUGAAAGAAUUAUGUAGUAAAAUGUGAAGAAAGUGAUGCCUUUAUUCAAUUUUCCCCCUUUGGAACAGUAGUAACUUAAAAUGAUUUCAUAGUCCUUUUCACAUGAGCCAGUGAAGUAUUCUGUAUUCUAGUUAAGAAAAAAAAGCAUGAACUCUACAUGAUAAAUCUAAACAAAAGCAGUUUUAAGUUCUUUUAUAAGUUUCAUGCCUUAUUUUCCAUUUUUGACACCAUAAAGUGCAUUUUCUGUCAACUGUGAGCAAACUCCCCUUUUGCCUUUAAUAAAAAUAGUGCAUUAAGUAGCCAGUUGCUGAAAAAUUAUAAAACAAGCAAGCUAAAGGUGGGCAACAUUGGACUACCAAACCCAGAUACUCAAAAGAUGCAAGUUAUAUGCGGUGUGGCUUAGAGUGCACCCAUGCCAGAUGCAUGCCACUUUCAGUAGCUGCCAACUGUGCCUUUAAUUAAGAACAUCUUUUUUUUUUUUCCAGAUCAAGUCAGCAUUUGGGGGUGGGAUAAGGGCAGGGGACUCGGGGGUGCAAAUAUCUGGUGAAACCAGAGAGUUUGUUUAUCAAAGUGACAUGGAUAAUUUUAGUUGAGAUGUGUCUGUGUACAUAUGUGUAUUUGCCUUUGUUUAGUAGCAUGGUUAUUUGCUAAAGUAAUUGUCAAAAAUGCUCUGUCAGUCUUACUCUGAUGUAAGAACAAAGUGUGGUCUAUACAUCCAAUGGCCUUUGUACCUAACCAAUGUUUGUAGGUGAUCUUUGUACUCUAUGUGCAGCAGCAGUAUUUGGUUUGUGUUAAAAGUGAAAAUAAUGGCUGUUAUUUUUCUGGCAUUACUAAGAUAAAUUGAAAAAUAAUAAAGAAAAAUGCCUUA